UCCCUCUCACAGGUCAGUUGAGAACAGCACCCACAACAAGCACCAACGAGAGCGAGAGCUUUAAUUCUGGCAAACAACAUGCCGCGGGUGUUGACGCGCUUCAUCGAGGAACCACAAGUGUUCGCCUGCGCGAAUUGCAAGACGCACCUGUCUACCGAGGGGAACAUUGAGUCGAAGGACUUCACUACACAAAACGGGAGGGGUUUUCUGAUCAACAAGUUGAUCAACGUCACCAACGGUCCUUCGGCUGAUAGAAGCUUGAGAACAGGCAUGCAUGUCUGCCAGGAUGUCUACUGUGUGACCUGCGACACCAACGUGGGAUGGAAAUAUAUCAAGGCCUUCAACCAGACCGAGAGGUAUAAGGUUGGGAACUUUGUGCUGGACGCUGUGAAGGUUAUAAACUACCAUUGGGAAUCCGUCGACUAAGGCGGCAUACCUCUCCGUAUUGUCGAUAACUCGAGGGGCGGAAGCGACCGUAUCCGAUGGGAAAAUGUGUUGGUGCUGCUGUAGCUGCGCAGGAGCGCUUUGGUUCUUGAAGUGUAGCCCAUGGGUAUUUGUUGGCCGAUCCACGCGGAAACGGCACAUGUGCAUAAUGUGAACAAGGUUCGACAGCUGAGUAAAUAAAAGGUGAAUUUGGGGGAGGUUUAGUUAUGAAUUAUGAACGAUGUGAGCGUCAAGCGCGUGCCGUUUG